AUGAAACACAGGAGCACAGGGACAGGCGUGAGACACAGGAGCACAGGAUCACAGGGACAGGCGUCACAGGAGCACAGGGACAGGCGUGAGACACAGGAGCACAGGGACAGGCGUCAGAGGAGCACAGGUACAGGCGUCACAGGAGCACAGGGACAGGCAUCACAGGAGCACAGGGACAGGCGUGAAACACAGGAGCACAGGGACAGGCGUGAGACACAGGAGCACAGGGACAGGCGUGAAACACAGGAGCACAGGGACAGGCAUGAAACACAGGAGCACAGGGACAGGCGUGAAACACAGGAGCACAGGGACAGGCGUGAGACACAGGAGCACAGGGACAGGCAUGAAACACAGGAGCACAGGGACAGGCGUGAGACACAGGAGCACAGGGACAGGCGUGAAACACAGGAGCACAGGGACAGGCGUGAAACACAGGAGCCCAGGGACAGGCGUGAGACACAGGAGCACAGGGACAGGCAUGAAACACAGGAGCACAGGGACAGGCAUGAAACACAGGAGCACAGGGACAGGCGUGAGACACAGGAGCACAGGGACAGGCGUGAGACACAGGAGCACAGGGACAGGCGUGAAACACAGGAGCACAGGGACAGGCGUGAAACACAGGAGCACAGGGACAGGCGUGAGACACAGGAGCACAGGGACAGGCAUGAAACACAGGAGCACAGGGACAGGCGUGAGACACAGGAGCACAGGUACAGGCGUCACAGGAGCACAGGGACAGGCAUCACAGGAGCACAGGGACAGGCGUCACAGGAGCACAGGGACAGGCGUGAAACACAGGAGCACAGGGACAGGCAUCACAGGAGCACAGGGACAGGCAUGAAACACAGGAGCACAGGGACAGGCGUGAGACACAGGAGCACAGGGACAGGCGUGAAACACAGGAGCACAGGGACAGGCGUCACAGGAGUACAGGGACAGGCGUGA